CUGAGCCCAGUCAGUAAAAGGGCAACUAACUGAAGGGUACAGGCCACCUGGAAUUGGAAAAAGACAUGCAGCGCUUUCAUAGUCUACAUCGUUGGCUGCAUUCUUUUUUCUUUUGUGACAGAUGCAGAGAAAAUGACACGGUUCCUGAAAGACAGCGUCUCAGAAAAGAGGAUGUUAGUGAGCAACUUAAAGAAAAAGAUGACAUUAUAAAAAGCUGUGAAAAGCAAAAAUUGCAGCUUCAGAAAGAAAAACAAGAACUGCAGAAAGAGUACAAUGAACUUAAAGAAAGGUCUCUCAAUUCUGAAAAAGCCUAUAACCAAGUUCAUCGAGAAAAUGAGAAAAUACAGAAAAAAUGUCAAAGUUUGGAGAAAAGGUAUGCAGGUAAUGAGGAAAGGUGUAGACAAGUUCAGCAGGAAAAGGAGAACAUCCAGAAACAGUAUGAUGAAGUGGAAGGAAGGUUAAAUUCAUUGCUUCAAAGUCAAAAUCUUAACUGUGAGAAGUGUGACACCUAUGCCAAAGAGCUGAAAGCAGUAAAACAAGAAAAAGAAGAAAUCAGUAAAAUCUAUCACAAUUUGAAGAGAAGUGAUCAACAAAGCUGUCAAAAUUGUUACCAAAAGAGUGAGCAACUUGAAAAAGUCAAGCAAGAAAUGCAAGAACUAAAGAAAGCCCAUGGUGAUUUACAGAAAAGGAUGAAAAUCAACAUUUCUAAGCAAAUGCAGUUCAGUGGACAAUUGUCUGAAAACAUCAAUGAUCCAUGCAGAGAAUCUGAGCUUGUGAAAAUGUACAAUCACCUGAAGAAACAGAUCUGGCCAAGAGAAAAAGAAAGAUACUUGAAGAAAAGAAAAUCAGUGGAAAUCAAUAAGCUCGGAGCUUUGGUCUUGCAGAUGUCCUUUCAGCUUUCUCCAAAAGUUAUUGAAGAAAGAAUGAGGGACAUUGCAACUCAUCUACUACUCAACCAAGAUGAUUUAAAAGAUGAUCAAAAUCAACAACUGUUUAAAGAAAACAAAAAAAUUCUUCAAAGGAGACUGCACAGCUGUGACCUGAGUUUCCACAAGGAAGAAGUUAAGAGAUUGUAUAAAGAUGGUCAACUCCCGGAGAUGGAAUGGGAAGACUUUGCAGCUGAGUGCUUCAAAGUUGGCAGUUUAAUGUUUCUUCAUGACCCAUCUCUUGUGCCUCAGUGGGAGAGUCAAGCUGAUGGCUACACAUUUGAAGAUGGCAAGAAGGCAGGCAUGCUGAUAUUUCCAGCAAUUAGCAAUGGCUCAGAUCUGAUUUGUCCAGCAGAGAUUGUCUCAUAUAAUCUGGGUUAAAAGUAAUAGACAGGCUCUUAUAUUAAUGUAAGGGGUUACAAUACUGGUAAGAUGUUUACAGUGGAAAAGGUGCCAACAGGACAACACACAGAAGAUACAAAAGACAGUUGCUGUGAGGAAAUACCAAAAGAAGGACAGAACUUACACUGGCAGAUGAAGAGUUUCUUUGCUUUCCAUAUUAGGAAGACAGCAGUCAGUUCUUGUUCCUGUGACAUACUGGUGGCAUCAGAACUAAAAUUUUGGCUGUAUAUGGCUAAUCCUGAGCAAUAAGGAGAAAUGUUAGUUAAAGCAGAAUAAUAACAUAGGUUGAAAACUAAAAAAAAAACUUUAGUAUGUACUAUUAUGCACUGUGUUUGUCCAAAUCCACUUGGAAAAGUCUGUGCCUUCUCAAAACCUCAAAUUGGACUAAGGCUCACAAAAUGAAUAGAUGUAUGGAUAUUAUUAUACUACUAAUGCAUAAAAUAUGCUUACAUAACAUAUAACAUAAAAUAUGCUAACAACUCUCCUUACCCUGAUACAAUUAAUGGAAAAUGCUGCCUGGAAAAAUUUAUGUUGAUACAAUUUGAGUUUAAUUUAACAUAUUACAGGUAUAAGAACUGCUUUGAACUGUUUCAUUUUCUACCCCACAAAUAAAUCAACUCUAAUUAAGAAUCUUCUUUGAAUAUGAAAGAAAAUAUUCCUUUUUGUGGUAGACUGAUAAUUUUAUAAAUCAACGUAAUAAAGUAUAAUAACACAAAGUAAAGUUUCAUGUAACUGACAACAAAGACAAACUAACUUUUUAUAUUGUAUACUCUUUGCUUGCUCUCUGUACAUUAUUUUGUUUAUAGUAAUUAUAGUAAAUAAAAUAAAUGGUAAAUCAAAAGAA